AUGACAUCGAUAGCAUCAACUACAAUAAUAUCAACCAAGCCAAGUAUAACAAUAUCACACAAAUCAACAAUAACAGUAUCAACCGAACCAACUACAACAAUAUCAACUACAACGACUACAACAACAUCAAUUAAAUCAACUACAACAGUAUCAACCGAAUCGACUACAAUAACAUCAACCAAAUCAACUACAACAAGCACAUUAAGCACGGUAGCAACACCCGGUGAGUACUAA